AUGUUCAAAAACACCUUUCAGUCAGGGUUUUUAUCAAUUUUAUACAGCAUCGGAAGCAAGCCACUACAGAUCUGGGACAAGAGUGUGAGAAAUGGGCACAUAAAGCGUAUCACAGACCAAGAUAUUCAGAGUUCCGUCUUAGAAAUAAUGGGCACAAAUGUGAGCACCACUUUCAUUACGUGCCCUGCAGAUCCUAACCAAACCUUAGGGAUAAAGCUGCCCUUCUUAGUUAUGAUCAUAAAAAAUCUCAAAAAAUAUUUUACGUUCGAAGUGCAGGUGCUUGACGAUAAAAACAUACGAAGAAGAUUUAGGGCGUCGAAUUAUCAGAGUACAACGAGAGUAAAACCGUUCAUAUGCACAAUGCCGAUGAGGUUAGAUGAAGGAUGGAACCAAAUUCAGUUUAACUUGUCAGAUUUCACGAGAAGAGCGUAUGGGACCAACUAUAUUGAGACUUUAAGAGUCCAAAUACAUGCCAAUUGCAGAAUGAGAAGAAUUUAUUUCUCUGAUAGACUUUAUUCAGAAGAGGAGCUGCCGCCAGAGUUUAAAUUGUUUUUACCUCUUCAAAAACAAGCUUAA